AUGGACAGUAGUAUGGUCGAGGAGAACGGUUCCUCGGCGAUAGGCGAUCCGCUUGGUGGUGGUAGUGGUGGUACCGGCCCGAACGCAACCGGUUCGACGGUCGGAGAGGCGGUAACGGGCGGUGGUGGUCGUGGCCCCGCAUCGGGAGUUGGAACACAACACCAGAACGAGCUAAUUAAUACCUCCAACAACGGUAGCACCGAUAGCAGUACGGCAAUAACGGUGGCAGCAUCUACCGGUGAAGGUGGUGGUGGCGGUGGCGGCGGUGGAGGAGGUGGUGGAGGAGGAGGUGGAGGAAAGGGAGCGACGGGCGUGGUACCAGGCGGUGCAGGCGCGGGUGGAUUGGUCGGCGCAUUAGGGUCUGGGUCCGCCAACAGUACGGUGACCGUUGGUGGUGCCGCCGGUCCGGAAGUGACACUGGUCCCUGCAGCAGCAGCAGCAGUAACUGCCACCGGAACCAACAUUGUGCAGCUACUGUCGACAUCGCAAUCGCCCGGGCAGGCACAAUCUGUUAUACAGCAGAACCAGCAAUCUGUUAUACAAACGGCGACAGGAAACGUCCCACUAGCAAGAAGCGUACUAUUAGUGUGUAACAAACCAAACUCCGUGAUCCACACAACUACGGGCAAUUUGCAAACCAUACACAUCAAACCCGAACCGCACAUCGUAUCCGGUAGCAUUAUGACCGACACAAACAGCGAUGAUACACUCUCGGACGAGGAAGCGUCCCCGAAAAAGCGAAGAGACCUGCUAACCAGGCGACCAUCCUAUCGUAAGAUAUUGAGCGAUCUCGGCGGGGCGGAAAUCGCCAACACCCCGAGCGAUGGUUCCGGCCUGCAUACCAUAGCAACACCUGGUGGUGUGGUGCAAUAUUCCCAGCCCUCGGAGGGCAUUUACGUACCUCUCAUGGGCGGUAACGUGCAACUGGAGGAUCAGUCACGCAAGCGGGAGAUGCGAUUGCAGAAGAACCGGGAAGCGGCCAGGGAAUGUCGCCGCAAGAAGAAGGAGUACAUCAAGUGCCUAGAGAACCGGGUGGCGGUGCUGGAGAACCAAAACAAGGCCCUAAUCGAGGAGCUGAAGUCGCUGAAGGAGUUGUACUGUCAGCAGAAAAGUGACUGA